AUGGAGCUCCCGGAUCCAGUGCGCCAGCGGCUGGGAAACUUCAGCCGGACCGUAUUCAGCGACUCCAGCCGGACCGGGCCGGAGUACAGUGAGGGUCCGGAUAAUGAAAUGGUCUCCAGUUUGGCAUUGCAGAUGUCGCUUUACUUUAACACUUACUUUUUCCCACUUUGGUGGGUGAGCUGUAUUAUGAUGCUUCACAUGAAGUAUUCAGUUUUGCCUGAUUACUACAAAUUCAUUGUGAUCACUGUUAUCAUCCUAAUAACCUUAAUUGAAGCCAUCCGGUUGUACCUGGGCUACAUGGGAAACCUACAAGAGAAGGUUCCUGAGUUGGCUGGCUUUUGGCUUUUGAGUCUUCUACUGCAGUUGCCUUUAAUUCUUUUCUUGCUCUUUAAUGAAGGCCUAACGAAUCUGCCCUUGGAAAAAGCAAUUCAUAUCAUCUUCACUAUCUUCCUUACAUUCCAAGUUAUUUCAGCAUUUCUUACCUUGAGGAAAAUGGUCAAUCAGUUGGCAGUUCGUUUCCAUCUCCAGGACUUUGAUCGGCUGUCUGCAAACAGAGGAGACAAUAGAAGAAUGAGGUCAUGUAUACAAGAGAUUUGA